AUGAGAAUUGCAGUGAUUUGCUUUUGCCUCUUAGGCGUUGCUUCUACCUUUCCAGUUAAACGCCAAGCUGAUUCCGGCAGCUCUGAGGAAAAGCAGCUUUACAACAAAUACCCAGAUGCUGUGGCCACAUGGCUAAAACCCGACCCAUCUCACAAGCAAACUCUUCUUGCAUCACAGAACACCUUGUCCUCUGAAGAAACUGAUGACCUUAAACAAGAGACCCUCCCCAGUAAGUCCAAUGAAAGCCUUGACCAGACAGAUGAUGUGGAUGAUGAAGAUGAUGGAGACCAUGUGGACAGCCAGGAGUCAGACGACUCAGAAGAUCAUGAUCAUACUGAUGACCCCUACCAUUCUGAUGAGUCCCACCAUUCUGAUGAAUCUGAUGAACUGGUCACUGAUUUUCCCACUGAAGUUCCAGCAACUCCAGUGUUCACUCCAGCUGUGCCCACAGUAGAAACUUAUGAUGGCCGAGGUGAUAGUGUGGCUUCUAGACUGAAGUCAAAAUCUAAGAAGAUCUAUAGAUCUGUAAUCCAGUAUCCUGAUGACACAGAGGAACUCACCUCACAUAUGAGAAGCAAGGAGUUGGAUGAUGUUCCCAAGGCCAUCUCUGUUGUCCACGUCCUGAAAAGGGCUUCUGAUUGGGACAGCCAUCCACAGGACAGUCAUGAAGUCAGUCAGCUGGAAAUCAGUCACAGUGUGGAAACCCAUAGCCAUGAGCAAUCCAAAGAACUGGAGGCAAAGGAUGAAAGCAAUGAGCGUUCUGAUAUGAUUGAUAGUCAGGAAAUAUCAAAAGUCAGCCAUGAAUUCCACAGCCAAGAAUUUCACAGCCAGGAAGACAAGCCCCACCGAGAUCCCAAGAGUGUGGAAGAAGAGCAACACCUGAAAUUUCGUGUUUCUCAUGAAUUAGACAGUGCAUCUUUUGAGACUAAUUAA